UGUAAACUUGUGUCAACCAUUUUAUAUCUCUAUUGAUAAGAUUCAUUGAAUUCAUCCAUGAGCGUAACCUCACUUUCACGAGUCGUUUCAAUCCUACGGAGUUCUCAUGAACGCGCAGUGGCACUCAAGUUAACCUAGUGUCAAAGAUGUUGGAUGAAAAAAUGUCCAACAGUGUCCGUAAUCUAAAAGUAGAAGCCCUGAAAAAUUUCAACCUUGUCGAUACAGAGGCGAAAGCAUUGGACUUGGACAAACCUCGGAAACUAGAUCCCUUAAAGACGGGAUCGACGAUCAUUGUUACUGGUUACAUACUUCCUAACGCAACUAGAUUCUCUGUAAAUCUAACAUGCAAGACACCCGAGACCUUGGCACUGCACUUUAACCCACGCCUGGAUAGACAGUACGUUGUCAGAAACACCAAAAGACAUGGCACUUGGGAAGAGGAGGAACCAUGCGCCCCGAUCGGAGUUCAGGGCUUCUCCUUCAAGAGGAGCACGUACUUCCACCUCAUGAUCUUCUGCUCUCCUAACAGUUUUCAGAUAGCCGUGAAUGGAGAUCAUUUCUGCGAGUUCGCCUUCAGGGUGCCGCUGGAGACGAUAACUGGGAUCGAGGUGACCGGCCAUGUUGAGGAUGUAAAGACGAGACAAUGCGUCCGAUUCGUGUACCCUGAUCCGAAUAUCCUGAAGACCUCUCCAGCUCUGCAACUGGAUGGUACCCAUAUUCUCGAAGAAAAUCUGGAAAUGCCUGUAAACGUGGACCUCAACAAUGGCUUCCGAACUGGAGCACGCCUCUUCGUCAAGGGCAGGUUGAAACUUCUGCCUCACUCGUUCUACUUGAAUCUGCAGAAAGGGAAGUUCAUCUAUCCACAUCCGGUGAUCGCUCUUCACCUUAAUCCGAGAUUUUUGUACGGCAGAUCGCCGCCGUGCGUCGUUCUGAAUUGUUGGCAAAAUGGAAGUUGGAGUCGCGAGGAAAGACAGGAAGGACACUUGUUCUGGGGACCGGGAAGAGAGUUUCUCCUUACUGUGCGCUGUGAACGCGAUGCCUGGACGAUAUGGCUGGACAACACAAUGAUUGGAGAAUUCAAGCACAGACUCGAUCCCACGAUAAUCGACAGUUUGCGUAUCGUAGGAGAUGUGAUUAUUCAUCAACUUGCUGUUAAUUACAAGUAAUGGCCAAAAGGAGUAUGCCCACCGGGGACCUCCUCCAGGAGAGCUGUCGUUCAUAAAUUAGACAGGAGUCCAAAAGCUUCCUCUCGCUUUCCGACGUGGAAAACUGCUUCCGUACCAAACUUCGACUGAUUUCUGGACGACGAUGACUGCGAUUAUUCCCAGUCCCUGCAUAAAGUCAGCUCCAUUUUUACCGUCCACGGCAUUCCAGGCUGAGAUACAUAAGUAGGUUCGGCAAAUGAUAAUGUCUCCGAGCUCGAGGAUUUUUCAGUAGGUGUCAACUAUUUUCUACGAUUUUUUCAGAGAAAUAAUUGGCGUCACGCCAACGAAAGGAACAAUUGAGUAGAGAUAGGAAAACUUCCGACUAAGACCAUUCCACGAGCAGAUCUCUUUUCUUUCUUUAUUUUAAUCUCUUUUUUCCCCCACUUUUUUUUUUAUUCAAGUCAAGCUCUGCCAAGUUUCUAAUCUCCGCGAUAGUACGGAGUAAUUUUUUAUGUAUAUUUUAUCUCUCUCUCGUUAUUCUGUAUUCGAGGAAUGCGUCUCGUCGAGGAAAAAAAUAUCGUUCUUUCGGUCUCGCUGGGUCGAAGCGACUUCCGGCACGUUUCGUAGCCUCUAUAAGUGAUUAAUCAGGGAGGGGAGAAAAUAUUAAAAAAUGAAAAAAAAAUCUCGUCAAACUGAGCACGGGCAACGAGAGAGCUAUUGUACUCCCGUGCCUAAUUUUCACAGGAAGCCGUACUCUCUGUGAAGCGUAACCGAUGUUACGUAAUUGCGUAUCAUUUUUACAUCACGAAUGGUUCGUUUGUAUAUGAAGUGUUGAAUUUUUAAAUAUUGUAUCGCCUUAUUUAUUAAUAAUAAUGUACAUUACUUUUAGGAAACAAUAAAAACAAUUACAUUUUCACCA